AUGUCGGCUCCGAGCGUACACUCGCGCUCUCAUACAGGGGGCUCAGCAAGAAGCUCGGCACGAAGUUCGCAGGUGUCCCUCGGAUCGGUCGAGCAGGACCUCGUGCAUCUGCGCGGCCUUCUCGAUGACUCGCUGGAGCGGAGCAGGCAGCUCCAGGCGUCGUUGGAGAAGAACAGGACGUGCCUUGAUCAGUCGUUGGAGGAGAGCAGGCUGCUUCGACAGUCGUUGGAAGAGAGCACGGCGCGUCUUGAGGAGAGCAUGCGGAGGAGGGGCGUGUCGAGGGAGCGUAGAGGAAGGCAGAGAGAGCGCCGGCCUAGGGACUCGCUCAGCCCGAGAGAAAGUGAGGAGAGGCCUAGGGAUGAGAGUCGCGGUGCUCGUGUGGAGGAGGCAUCUGAGUCUAGGGAAUCGUCUGUGCUGAGUUAUGUCGAUGAGCCUGAGAGAGAGCUUCCACCCUUGCCCAUUCCGGAAGAGCCCACUAGGUUGCGACCGAUUCUUGAAGAGGAGACUUUUGGAGGAUUAUUGCGCAGGUUGAUUCAGGUCAAUCAUGAAAACAAUCGACACAUGAUUUUGGCUCUAGACAACACAUAUCGCGGAAUGAUGGCAGUCAAGCAUCGUCAUGCGUUGGAUAUGAUCGUUGCUGCCAGACGAGGGAGGAGACCUGCUCAACCUGCUUGA